UGCGGAGCACUCUUUUGUUCAGUAGCGCUCAGCUGCUGGAGAGGUGAGCACCACUCUGGCGCUCAUCCACUCAUCGCGGCUGCUGCUGCCUCGGCUCGUCUCCGAAAGAAGCGCGGCGGAGGACACUGAACGAGACAGUGCAUGCAAAAAGCGACACGGUGCCUCCCGGUCUCUGAGACACUCACAACUGCUUCGUUUUCCACCCGCACUUGCAGGGCUGUUUUUGUUGUUUUUGUCCGCGUCGUUGGAUGGUGGAGCUCCCCGGGUCUGUGGCGCUGUACCACCUGCACCGGAUCACACCGACACUCCCGCUCUGAAGCUGCUGCAUCGCUCUACAUUCCUGUGGACUGGACCUCACUUCAUCCGAAAGGUGAAGGUGCAGCAGGAUGCGGGACGUACUGCCUGUGUGUGGACUGCAGCCCCUGCUGGCCCUCCUUCUGCUUCAAACUGCAGGCUGUGGCAUAACCAGCGCCGACACUGUGGUGAAUAUGCGGAAGGUGACCCAUCAGACCAUUAGCGAGGAGAUGUCGAAAACAGUUCUCCUCCCCUGCCUCUUCACCCUCCGGCCCGGUGCCAGUUCAUCCCAUGAGCCCCCCAGGAUCAAGUGGACCAAGGUGUGGGGCCAAAGAGGCUCCGACGGCCUGCAGAAGGAACAGUCCGUCCUGGUUGCCAAAGACAAUGUGGUCAAGGUGAAGAAGGCCUUCCAGGGUCGUGUAACUCUGCCUGGUUACAAUGAAAACCGCUACAACGCCAGUCUUUCUCUAUCAGGGCUACGUUCUAGCGACUCUGGUCUGUACCGCUGUGAAGUGGUGGUGGGCAUCAGUGAUGAGCAGGACACAGUUCCCCUGGAGGUCACAGGUGUGGUAUUUCACUACCGGGCCCCUCAUGACCGCUACGCCCUGUCCUUUGCUGAUGCCAAGAGAGUGUGUGUGGAGAACUCAGGGGUCAUUGCAACACCCGGCCAGCUGCAGGCUACCUUUGCUGACGGAUAUGACAACUGUGAUGCUGGCUGGCUGUCUGACCAGACUGUACGGUAUCCCAUCCAGUCGCCUCGGCCUGGUUGCUAUGGCGAUCGUGAGGACACACCUGGAGUCCGUAACUACGGCGAUAGGUCCCCCGAUGAGCUGUUUGAUGUCUACUGCUUCGCAAAGCAGCUUCAAGGUGAAGUCUUCCACUCCACGGUGCAGGAGAAGCUGAGCCUGGCCACAGCCUCCACCCACUGCCAUUCUCUGGGAGCUCAGCUGGCCACUGUGGGGCAGCUCUACCUCGCCUGGCAGGCUGGCCUGGACCAGUGUGACCCCGGCUGGCUUGCUGACGGCAGCGCCCGCUACCCCAUCAACGUCCCACGGAAGAACUGCGGCGGAGACGAGCCCGGGGUACGGACCGUCUACAACAACCCCAACCGCACCGGCUUCCCCGACACCACAGCCCUGUACGAUGCCUUCUGCUAUCGAGCCCACCAGCCAGCAGGGGUCCAGGCUGCAGAGGCGCAGGCUUUGUACCAGGCCCCCAAGCCAGCAGCAGAGAGCAUCUCCUCAGUCACUGAAGCCCAGCAGAGUGCCCCUUUUUCCAAGACUUCCACCUGGACCGGCCUGGUUGACGUGGAAGCAGAAGGUAUCCACUCUAUAGCUGGACUCAACAUCUCUACCGAGAUCUCUGGUGAGCACGUAGUCAUCCACUUAAAGCCAGAGGAGGGCUGGGAUGAAAAACAGGAUGGACCCAAAAGCAACCACCUCAGCCAGGAAGAGUCUGAUGGUCCAAAGAGUAGCUACACCAUGGGCCUUUCUGACCUCGAGAACCUGGAGAGCCAUGGAGGUUCUGCUCAUGAAGAAGAGGACAAAGGAUAUUUUGGAUCAUCCGACACCCCGACAUUAUCCUCCAUAGCUUCUUCCACUCCCCAGUCUCAGACUAGUAACAGUGUGUUGGCUGAGUUUGUUAACACUCUGAUGAGGCCCUUCAGGUACUGGAGAGGAGGCGAGGAGGUCGAAGAGACAGAAAAGGGACGUUCGGUUUAUGAGGAAAAAAAAGGAGAGAACCAGACGCAGGAAGAGGCGUCCAGCAGGAACCUGAGUCUACCAAAAGCAAGUGGAAACAAGGGCAGCAUGGACAAUGCCAUCAUGGAGCACAGGAGUGGUAGUUUUUCCUUCAGGACUCCGACCAGUGGACUACAGAAUCCAGAGGAAGGUCUGUCUGAGCAGGAGAAAGAGGUGAUGCCACUGAUUCGAUUAGUGCCUGCAGUCCAAGGCGCAGGGCAAAAUGACACCACUACCCAACCGGGAGAACGAGCCUCCACACGCACGUCACACGCUAACGGAUUCACUGAAUCAGGUCCCAACGAGAGAACAUCACCCGGCGAACAUGUCGACGUAUCCGGUCCUCAGGGUCCCAGAGGUGGCCCAGCAUCCGCUCCCGCCCCCAGCAGCCACUUUCGAUGGGCUAUCAAAUCCAUGCGGGCCUCUAAACUAGGCCCCCCUGGAAAUGUGGCCUAUGUGGGUAAACGUCCCACCUGGGAGCCUAUGGAGGCCAAGGCAGGGCCCCUGGAGGUGAUGACCCUGCCCACCUCGCUUCGACAGGACAACCCAGACCACUACUCAGGCCAGGGGAGGGAGCAGGACGGAGAUGAUGUUACUUCUCCAUCAGCUGCCAGAGCUGCAUCAGGGGAGGAGAAGGAGGUGGAGGGGAGCAGUGAAGGGAGCAACUUUCCUGCUGGGUUUGGAUUGAAAGACAUCAACUUGAACAGCAAACUGAGUCCAGAAACAAAGUCGUCACUCAGCCAAAACCAGACUGAGCCUGUGACUGUAGCAGAGCACACCACUCUGUCCCAGUGGCAGCUAGUGCAGCAGCCCACCACCCCACCUCCAGACACAGCAGAGGAGGCCAGGGGAGAGGUCCUCUACAUCCGCAGGCCUGCUGACAACCUCUCCUCUGCUUCCACACGAAGAGGAGAAAGCACUUCAAAUUCAGGUUUCACUCCUCUUUUUAAGAAGCACGGCAAAGCCAGCAGCAGAGAGGAGGCGGUGAGUUCCACACCUGAAGCUCUUUUAGAGGUGCUGACAACCACUGAAGUGACCACAGUGGAGCUUCUGACAACAGGAGACACACAGAGGACGGAUCCUAUCACCACAUCAACCACUACAGGAGCUCCAUCAGAGAGCGCCACCACCGAGGAGCCAUCUAUUUCCAUUUCAUGGGUUCAGGAAGAGAAAAAGACAGCCGACCUGCGGAGCCGCCUCUCAGCUACUGCAGCACCCGGUGACGGACCUCAAACCACUACUGGCGUCAUUCAGUUCACUACCUUCGCGUCAGGCUCCAACGUCGGCGCCACAGAAAUGGAAUCCAGGUCAGCGGUGUCUGAGUCCUUCGUGGUUGGAAGUCGGUGGACGCCUUUUAAAAGCAUGAGCGCAAAGUCAGAGGAAAGCAAAGCUCCAGUGUCAAAAGACAGCAAAGACACAAGCAACCCUUUCGGCAUCCUCGUACCCAACUGGGCCUUCGGGCUCAUCCCAUCAGUGGACAACAACCCGUGCCAGACUAACCCCUGUCUCCACGGAGGGAGCUGCCUGCAGGAAGGGGAUGGCUAUAGCUGCUACUGUCCUCAGGGCUUCUCUGGAGAGAGCUGCGAGAUCGACAUUGACGACUGCCAGUCUAAUCCAUGCCAGAACGGAGGAACCUGCAUCGAUGAGAUCAACUCCUUUGUGUGUCUUUGUCUGCCCAGCUACGGAGGAGCUACUUGUGAGAAAGACACUGAGGGCUGCGAGCACACAUGGAGGAAGUUCCACGGCCACUGCUACAGAUACUUCAGCCGGAGACACACCUGGGAGGACGCCGAGAAGGACUGCAGGGAGCACAGUGGCCACCUGGCUAGUAUCCACAGCCUGGCUGAGCAGAACUUCAUCAGAGGUCUAAGCCACGACAACACAUGGAUCGGCUUAAACGAUCGUACAGUGGAGGACGACUUUCAGUGGACCGACAAGAUGGACCUGCAAUAUGAGAACUGGCGUGAAAACCAGCCAGACAAUUUCUUUGCUGGAGGAGAAGACUGCGUGGUUAUGAUUGCUCAUGAAAAUGGCAAAUGGAAUGACGUGCCCUGCAACUACAAUCUGCCCUACGUCUGCAAGAAGGGAACAGUGCUUUGCGGAGCCCCUCCCACUGUGGAUAAUGCCUUCCUGAUUGGUCGGAAGCGUUCCCACUAUGACAUCCACUCUGUGGUUCGCUACCAGUGCGCCGACGGCUUCCUGCAGCGCCACGUGCCCACUGCUAAGUGUCGUGCCAACGGCAAGUGGGACCGGCCUAAAAUCAUCUGCAUAAAAUCACGACGAGCCCACCGCUACCGGCGCCACCACCACAAGGGCAGGAGGGAGCGCAGGAAGCACAAGAGGCACAGCCACAGAGAGGGAGGGCACCACGGAGGAGAGCUGGGCCACAACCACGCCCACGUCUGAACCAAAAAGAGAAACCCACCCCCCUUUUUUCCUUUUUCUCCUCUGCUACCAACUGCGAUUUGCCUGUCUCCCCGUCAUCCCUUCCUCUUGCCCUAUUUCCCCAAACACGACUUCACACCUUACGGCUCAAAACUGUCCGCCCAAGCCCCCCUCCCCACCCUCCCCUGCACUGCCCUGCCCUUAGCUCCACCCCUGGCUCUCCGAGUCAGCCUGUAUCAUAGUCAACUCUGAGGCCUGAGAGUGCUGCCAGGGGUCGCCGGGACAAUAACGAAUCUGUUUGUACUCUUUUUACUUUCUCUCUUUCUCCCUUUUUUUCGUCUUAACUAGUCUGUCUCCGACCUCUCCUCUAACUCGACCCAGUUACUGUCCCUCCAAGCUCAACGAUGACCUGAAACAUGGGGCUACGCUGACCUGUUUUUGAAAAAAAAAAAAAAAAAAAUACCUUUGAGAUCCACGCCGAACAUUCUUCGGAGAGAAGUGGUUUAGUACAAACUAUAAAUAGGGACGAUAUCACUGAAAAUCAGACGAGUCAAGGAAGACAUCCAUGUUGUUGACUUUGAGCCUUUUGUCUGUUGAACACAUUAUUUUUUACAAAUACUCAGUGUUUAUUUCCUGACUCUGCUGCUUUUGAUUUGCUCUUUGUAAGACAUUGUACUUGACUUAAGGCGACUUAUUCUGAAGCAGAUAUGAUUGAUUUUCUUUGAAUCAGAGGCAGUUGUAAUUGAAUUAUUUGAUUGUUAGCGUUGUAUCUUCUUGUCAGUGUGAGACAGUUACUUUAGAUCAGAUGCUGAAACCCCCAGAGGAAAAUGGAAAAACACAUUGCAUCUCAAUUCAGUUCCGUCAGAUCACAUUACAGAUCAGUCACUUGUCAGAAGUGUCGAAGCUUCUUGUUGUUCAGACGUCCAUCCGCCUCAUUUUAAAGGGUUAAUUUGAACCUUUGAUGUCAGUUUGUCUCAACUCAGCUCAGCAAUCCCUCGUUUGCUUUGCCUCUUCUUCUCGUUAUUGUCGCUGUAAGAAUGUGUGCUGUGCUUAAUGAAGAUGAUGCAGCAUGGUGAAGUUACUCAUCAACAGGGUUCUUGCUUUGGUCUGAUGAGGAGAAAUGAUGCUGUCAGCCCAGCGGGACAGAUACAGAGAGAGAUGGAGCGCUAGCCCCUUCAUAUGUCACAGCAAAAACACAAUAGUCCAUGUGUAGAGAUUAGAUGCACAAAGAACAUCUAUGUCAUUAAAAACAUUCAGCAUUUUGAAACUUUUUCCUUAAACAAAAAUGGUUCUGCAAUUGGGGUGCAAUAAUCCAUGCUUGUUUUUAGCGCAUUUUAGUGUGUUUUCUAGGUGUCAUUAAACUGAAACAGGACAGAAUAAAAGUAUUCUUGAAGUAAACAACAGCUUUGGUGUUUUGUUUCACCACCCAAAACGACCUUUAUGAUGAAUAAUAUUCAAUAAUGUCAGACUUCUCCCCUUAGCAAAGAUGGAAGCAAUAUAUUUAUUUUAAUAACCACAUAACCAAAACAUUUUUUAUGGAUUGAACUGACAAAUUCCCAACUUUGUUGUUCACAUAUAAGGACAUUUGUUCUUAAUCUCUACAAACAGAAUGUUUAGAUUUGCUAAUCAGACUGUAUAUAACUGUAAAUUGGAUUGAAGAUGCUCAGUCGUCAUCAGACUGAUUCAGACAGCAUUAAUUGAUUUUGUUUGGCCACUUUUUACUCCCCUACAUUGACAUUUUCUAACUUGGUAUAGCCCUUAUGGCUAACAAAUUAGCCAAAAGGUGCCUAUUAACAAACCUGGUCUCACAGGAAUCCGUGGAAUAGCCACGGAAUCACUCAAAUUUCCGUGAAACUGACACGGAUUUUGCUACAAUGCAAGUUAAUCACAGUCAUGGCUAUUCCAUGGAUAUUUUUUCUGAUUGGUUUGUGUCCAAGUCACGUGACUUUCAAGGUUCCGGCGGUCAGACAAAAUCAAUAUUAUGACUUAGUUUCUGCAUAAAAAUGGAUUUUGGUCACAUUUCUAGCGAGAAAUAUAUGUUUUAUUUUCUAAAUAUUCACUCAGUGAAUGUACAUAAUCACUUUGUAUGUUGGAAUAGCCACGGGAUAUGACAUUAUACGUCAUUCAUUUGCAGUGUAGCGAAAUCCGUGUCAGUUUCACGGAAAUUUGAGUGAUUCCGUGGCUAUUCCACAGAUUUUGAGUUAAGCAAAUCCGUGGCUAUUUCACGGAUUUCUGUGAGACCAUGUUGCUAUUAACACAUUCAGCAGAUAUGGAGUUAAAUAUGAGUCCCUUUAGCAGCUGAAUGCUGCACCAUGUGCACCAGCUAUUUGCUAAUUGUGUUUCCUGUUUGGUGCUGGGCAGGUGGCGCACAUUCAGUUCAUUACAAUUUAUUUAGCUAAAAGCAACUUCGUGCUUUGGCUGGAAACAGCGCUGAUGAGAGCCAUGAUUUAAAACAUUAAAGUUAGGGACUGUAAACCCAAAACAUUAAGGUGAAAGAGCCCAUUUCGCUGCUUGAAGCUGAGAGGAGCUGCAGUUUGGUUAUCUGUGGAUUUUAGUUGCUAUUAGCAUCACCUAAAAUACAAAUUGUUAUUUUAUUCAUUGUUAAAAUAACAACAUUUACAGCGCUUUGUGGAUAGAACCAGCCCUCUGAAGCAGGAGUUAGGGGAAAAAAACUGAAGUGAAAACUAUCAGAGUAAUAUUGAUGACCUGAGAGCUGUGUGCACAGGGUAUGAGGAUGAAUAUAAGGCAGAAGACACAGAUCUCUCUCAUCUCACUGUGUUUGUGUGCUGCAUGUGUGUAUGCGUGUUUAUGAUUGAGGAUGUUGACAGUGGCUGAAGUCCCAGAGGAUGAUGACAGAGAGGGUCAGCAGAGAUUAAGGCUUCCCAUUUCUGGGCCAGCCGAGUCUCGUAGAUGCUCACACCUGUGCUCGCUCCCUCCACGUGUCCUGCUUUAAAGAGGGGAUUGAGACGGAUAGAACAAGCGAUUUGCUCUCUUUUCCUCCCCUUUUACUGGCAGGUUAAAUUGGUGUUUUUUAAAGCCAGCACUUGAGGUUGGAGCUUCUGGGAUUAUGUCCCAGCUCCCUCAUCCUUUAUGUUUCUCCCUCUUGUUCUUGCUUUUCCCUUCACUUCCUCUCAUUUUAGUGCUUUUUCAUUUAUCUUCCUCACUCGACAUCCUUUUCACCGUCAAUGUCUUUAUACAAUAGGAAACAGUGAAGGACAAAAAUUGAAUUUAACCAGCUCAUGAAAGCGUACGCUCCUGUUUUUAAGCAGCCUUUCUCGUAUCUUAUACAAGACGAACAUUAUAGUGGGAUCAGGGUCAUGUCGAGCCACAUAAGGUAAGAAAAUCCAUCCUGUGCACA